UUCCUUUUUUUUUGCCCCUCUCUCCUUCUCUUCCUCUGUCUCUCUUACACGAGUCACCAAACUACUGUACAAACGAAGGCAAAGAAAGAAGACGAAGGAGAGGAAGAAGAACUGAGAUCAAUUGGCCUCUCUUCUGUGUGGUUUUGAUCUUCUCCACCAUGAUUGGGACUCUUGCUAGCUAGCUAAAGUUUUGAUUUAGGCUUUUUUUUUUUGGAAGGAAAAACAAAGUCUAAUUCUAGGGUUAGUGGGGGAUUUAGAGCAAAAUUUGCAGAAAUUCCAAAGAUUCUGUCCACGCUUGCUAGAGCCAACGAAUUUACCUUGUAACCUCCUCCUUCGUUUGCACAGUAACUUGGUGACUCAGUGAGAGAGACCGAUGAAGAGAGAGGGGCAAAGAGGAGAGAAAGAAAGAAAUAUAAUUCUAUGAAAUUGUUUAGACCCUUAGAUUGUUUAGUUUCCAGCUCUGAUCUAUGCUUUCAUAAUCAGAAGCAGCAGAUACAAAUUGUGUGGAUCGUUAGUUUGUAAGCAUGAGCACUAAUGCAGAAGUCUCUGCAGAUGCAGAUGCAGAUGCAGAUGCAGUAGUUUGUGUCCAAUUGAUAUUAGGGUUGGUCCUACCCCUACCUCUAACCCUCUUCAUAGCCCACAAUCUCUACUCCAUCAACCUUCUCUCUCACCCUUCUCUCACUCUUUCUCUCAUCUCGGUCAUUCAGUGCCCAAUUGUACUUCUUCUCUACGGUCGCCUCCGAAAGAAUCCCAAACAUUGCUCGUUCUUGAAAGCUGUGGGACGAGGCUUAUUAGGACUUCCUAUUGGGGCUCUAGUAAAUGCUUUGGGAGCUAUCGCAUUGGGCGCACCUGUUGGCACUCAGUACUUUUCACAGACUCUUAACUGGUCUCUUAUGAUGUCAUUGUUCACAAUUGUGCCUGCAGCUACUGUGUUUGGGUCAUCAUGGAAAGAUUGGCAACGUAUAUUUGCACAUACUACGCCAAUGGGAUCUGUUGAUCUUAUAAUUUGCCUUCCAGCUCAUGGAGCUGUUAUUGGAGCUUGGUUUGGGGCUUGGCCUAUGCCACUUGAUUGGGAAAGGCCAUGGCAGGAAUGGCCCAUUUGUGUGAGUUAUGGAGCAAUGGCUGGGUACCUGGUUGCCAUGGUCGCAUCAUUUGGCUGUGUUGCUGUGCGUUUUAGAUUGCAACAUGUCAAACGAGAAUAAAAUGCAACUUCUAAUCAUUAUGAUCUUAAAGAGAUACACGAGUUUUUUUACCCUUCGGCUUUCGAUUUUUCACUUUUUGGGUAGGAGUUACAUCUGGUUACACACAUCUUUAUUUAUUUAUUUUUUAGGAUAAAAGGUAAAUUGUACAAAGACCAUUUGGGCUUCAGAUUGUUGCACUAAGACCAGUUCCUUAGUGGACAAGAA